AUGUCCAAGGCCACGAAUGCCCAAGAAUUCAUCACCGAAUUCGCCAAUGCCUUUAGUGGCAGCGGUGAUUCGGUCAAACUCGACGAGUUUUUCGCUGAUGAUGUUGUGUUCUCUGACUACAUGAUGCCCAACACCGUUGGUCUGGAUAAAAAAGGCUGGUUGAACCAUUGCGCCAACUACUAUGCCAAUGUGCACAACAUGAGGGCCAAAACAUUCAACGUCUUUGGUGAUAUUGACGAUUUAGUUGGGUGGGAGUACCGGUUUACCUUUACCUCCAAGAAGGAUAACCCCGAGAUGGGCGUCAAAGAAGGCGAGGAUAUUACCCUCCGAGGCAUGUCCAUCUUCAAGCUCCAAAGAUCGGAAAAGGGGUUGCAGAUUGUGGAGGAGAGAGAUUAUUACAGUUUCUUGCAUAAAGAAGAUUAG